AUGGAUGACACAUACCAGUCGUUUCUACAGCUGCUAGAUAAUUCUCAGCUCAUCAGUCACAUCAACUCGCUCAGUCAGGAUGUGCCUCAAGUGAUCAACUCUGGCCCUAUCACGUCGACUCCACGGAAGCUAGAUCUGGUGAGGUCAAAUGGGUCAGACCCAUUUAACGACGAUUUGGACUCAGAACUAUUGAAACUUGGAAAGUUAUCGUCGCUUACUUCUCUGGGCAGUGUUCCGGGAAAUCAGCUUGUUUUAGAGAGAAAUGACACUAGUGAAGAUGAAAUAGAACAGCAUGAUGAGAUAGAACAGCGUGAUGAGAUAGAACAGCGUGAUGAGAUAGAACAGCGUGAUGAGUUGGGACAGCUUCAUGAGCAGAAUGGUAGUCCUAUGGAUCCUCGUAAUCUUGGCGACCUUGCUGUUUUUGCAAAUAGUAGAGUGCCGGGAGAUGUCGAUGUACAAAGAACUGAUGGUUUGGAUAUUCCAAUCGAUCCCCGGGCCGAUGAAAAAUCCCAAGAAAGUGACCAUGACAACACUUACAGCACUGUGGGUGAAAGACACAAGUUUGGAGACUAUGGAACGUAUUUCCACAACAAGUUUCUCAAGCAGCAAAUGGCUGAUCAAGCAUACGUGGAUUGGGACAAGGAACGACGCAGAGCCCUUGGCCAAUCUACAGAACCUUCGAAGAUCUUUGAUGGCUGUAUGAUUUACGUCAAUGGAAACACUAUUCCUACUCUAGCUGUAGUGCACAAGUUGGUAAUUUUGCACGGAGGAAAGUUUCUUAAUUAUCUCCACAGCAAGGGAGCUGCAACCCAUAUCGUUUGUGACCGUCUCACGCCUCGAAAACGAAUUGAAUACAGAAAUUAUAAGGUAGUGAAGGCUAAAUGGGUUGCUGAUUGUGUAGAGCAGGAUAAACUCUUGGAUUGGAAAGAGUACCGACUCAUUGACUCAAUUGACUUUGACCAGCAGCAGCUCGGUUUUCAGAAGUUGGAAUCUAAAGUGGAGGAGAAACUGGAGGAGCACCUGGAGAAUCCAAAGAAGAGUACGGAAAUCCUUUUGGGAGAGGAUUUGGCUGUCCAUCAGAUCGAACAUGAUUUUGAGAAUAUUUUGGAUGAAGAGAAUCUACUAAAUGAAGAAAACCUACUAAAUGAAGAGGAUUUCUCAGAUGACAAUCUCAAGAUUAUAGAAGAUGGACAAGAUUUUGGUGGAACGGAAGUGGCCGAGGUCAUAUUGGAGAAGUCAGAUCAGCCACUGGGAACCGUCGACAAUGCUGCUGGCUUCGCAUCUAAAAACACAGAAAUAAUUCGUCCACAUAUUUCGCAGUUGAAAAACGAUAGAAUUGCUCGACAGCACACAGCAAUGGACGCCAAACAUCCAGACUUUCUCAAACACUUCUUUGCCAAUUCUAGGCUCCAUCAUCUCAGUACUUGGAAAGCAGAUCUACGCUCCAAAUUCUUGAGGCUUGUGGCAACUCGCCAUAAGCAUAAAAAGUCUUCUUCUGACCAAAGGUUAAUUCUUCACAUUGAUUUCGACUGUUUUUUUGCUACCGCCUCUGUGUUAUCCCAUCCUGAACUUGACAUUCUUAAAGAUCCAAUCGCGGUGUCUCAUGGAGGAUCAUCUUCAGAUGUUGCCAGUUGCAACUAUGUUGCUAGAAAUUAUGGAGUUUCCAAUGGAAUGUGGCUUGGACGGGCCAGGAAACAGUGUCCGGAAUUGAAGGUUGUCGAUUACGAGUUCUCCACUUAUGAGAAAUGCUCGACUGCUUUUUACAAUUAUUUGGUGUCUAAAGAUACAUUCGACUCCAUUUUUCCGGUACUGAUAGAUGAAGUCUUAGUGGAUGCAACUUCAGCUUGUGAAGUCGAAGGCACGAUAUCGGAAGAAGCAGUGUCAAAGUUAAGCAAGCAAAUCAAGUCUGACAUUUAUGGACUAACAGGUUGCCUGGUCAGUAUAGGAGCUUCAAGAAAUGUAUUGCUUGCAAAAUUGGCAAUCAAGAAAGCCAAACCAAAUGGCUUCUUCCAUUUAAGUCACGAUUUUGAAUCGUUUCUUGAUCAAACAAAGGUUAGAGAUAUCCCCGGUAUCGGAAGGAGCUUAAGCUCUCGGUUGGCUGAGGAAUUGCAACUUGCCUCUGGUAAGGAUAUCAAAAUUGGAGACGUGAAAGACUUGACUAUUUCUAGACUUAGUAAUAUUUUUGGUGAGAAAACGGGCCAAAAGUUAUAUGACAAUUUCCGUGGUAUUGACAAGACAGAUAUUGCGUUGGACCUCGACACAAGUGAGUCACUUUUGGGUCGAAAAUCUGUUUCUGUCGAUAUCAACUUUGGAAUAAGAUUCGAUACUCAUGCUCAGGCGGAAGUCUUCAUCAUGAGUUUAGCUAAAGAGUUGCAUUCGAGAAUGAUAGAUCUUGGAGUGUGCGGGUCGGCGAUCUCCUUGAAAUUGGCUCGAAGAGCUCCAAAUUCACCGGUGAAUCCUCCCAAGUUCAUGGGAAUGGGUUUUUGCAACUUUUUCAGUAAGUCUUCUCGUCUUGGUGUACCUACAAAUGAUUGGGGUAUUAUUGGGUCUGAAAUGAAGUCCUUGUUUCGAAUACUAAAUAUUCCAGCCCCUGAACUUCGAGGAAUAGCAGUUUCCAUGACGAAAUUGGAAGAUGUCAAUGCCGUAAAGAAACAGAGACAACAAAUUCUACAGUUUGAGAAACCCAAGGCCCAAAAGAAAACAAUGAAAGUUGAAGAUCCAAUUUAUGGAGAGACUGUUCAAGGAAGCGAUUCGAUAGACUGGGAUGUUUUCAAUGAGCUUCCUGAAGACAUUCGGAGAGAAUUGAAGCUGGAACUCCUUCGCCGAGGAAUCCCUGUGACGAAAAGGGAAAAACUUCUGGCUAAGACCAGCCCGAUCAAACAGGAUCCAGGUCGCAAGGUCUACAUUCAGCAAUUGUUUCCCACACAGGUAAAUGGGCCUUUCAAGCAUACCAGAGUGGUCGAAUCUCCGAAGAAGAAAAGACGGAUACACGUUUCUCCGACGAAGUCGCCGCUGCCUAGGAAGAGAGAAGAUUCACCAACUCCAUUCAACCAGACGAUUUCAUAUGAUGAUGAGGUACUCAACGAAAUACCUUCUUCUAUCCGAAACGAAUUUUUUCACGAAUUGGAGUGGCAUAGAAAUAACAGGCGUUUAGGAUACGUUCCGAUCAAACAGCGGAUGAAGGAACUUGAGGAAGACCGUCAGACAAUAGUGGAAAGUGAGAUCACUUCUGAUUGGAUAUCUCAACAACCAACAAUAUCCACCAUUUCCCCAUUUGCGGGAAUGGUCAAAUUUAGCGAGCUUCGAGAAGUUCUUGUGCAAUGGGUUGGACUGUCGACAUCAAGUCGGGGACCACAUCCUGAGGAUGUUGAAAUGUUUUCCAAGUACAUUGAAGAGUUGGCCAGGCAGAAAAAUAUCAAUCGAUGUUUGGGCCUUCUCAAAGUGUUAAAGAAUGAGAUAGGGUGCCAGAGCUCUAUUGCUCGUAUGUCCAAUCUUUCUUCGCAGGCGAAGUCAGACAUGAUGGCGGGGGUAGAAGACUGGAAUCUCCACUAUACGACUUUGAGAGAUGUGGUAGUUUCUAUUUGCAAGAACUUCAACAUAACAGUUGAGUUUGAGAAUUAA